AUGUUACGUCCUCCUCGACAAGAAGAUCUUGAAGAGGAGUUCUGUAUUUCUUCCGUCACAGUCGUAGAUUGGUUCAAUUUUUGUCGCGAGGUCUGUGUGUACUGGGCCGACAAACAUAGUAGCAAACUUGGAGGUCCAGGAUGCACUGUUAAAAUAGAUGAGGCGAAAAUUGGUCAUCGCAAAUAUAAUCGUGGCCGGCUUUUAAAAGGCAAUUGGAUAUUUGGAGGAUUCGAGCGAGAGUCAAAGAAAAUUUUUAUUAUGCCAGUAGAGAAUCGAUCGGAAGAAACCCUCCUAGCAUGUAUCAAAUAUUGGAUCAUGCCAGGAACAACAAUAAUUUCAGAUUGUUGGAAGUCCUAUCAAUGUUUGAACAAUGAAGGCUUCCAACAUUUAACUGUAAAUCAUACAUAUAAUUUCGUCGAUCCAGAUAGUGGCGCCCAUACACAAAACAUUGAGCGUGUUUGGAGAGAAGUUCGUGCAAAUAUCCCAAGAUAUGGAAGGCGAGAGUAUCAUUUAGAAAGAUAUUUGUGCGAAUUUCUAUUUAAACGCGCUUAUGCUAAAAAAGACAGAAUUGAAAAUUUCUUUGACUUAAUCGCCGAACUGUAUCCUCCAUUAUCCGUGACGGAAGAAACAUGA